GUAGAAAUAUACAGCUUUUGCUUUUAUGUCUUGGGGAGUGAUGGCAGAACAUUUGGGGUGGGGAGUCAUUGAAGAAGGGUGGAGGAAGGGCCCUUGGACUGCUGAAGAAGAUAGGUUGCUCAUUGAGUAUGUCAAGUUGCAUGGUGAAGGAAGGUGGAACUCUGUGUCUAAGCUUGCAGGGUUGAAAAGGAAUGGGAAGAGUUGCAGGUUGAGGUGGGUGAAUUACUUGAGGCCAGAUCUCAAGAGGGGCCAAAUCACUCCUCAUGAAGAAAACAUAAUUGUAGAGCUCCAUGCAAGGUGGGGAAACAGGUGGUCGACAAUUGCAAGAAGCCUGCCAGGAAGAACAGACAAUGAUAUCAAGAACUACUGGAGGACCCAUUUUAAGAAAAAGGAAAAAGCCUCUUUGGACAACUGCGAGAAGUCAAAAGCUCGCCUUCUGAGAAGGCAGCAAUUCCAGCAGCAACAGCAACAGCAAAAUCAAGUUGACAUGAAAAAAAUCAUGUCAUUACUAGAUGAAAGUGACAAUAGAUCAGUACCAACUCUACCUCAAAUGAGGCAAGACAUGGCCUCCUUAUAUCCCAACACAUCCGAGGAACAAGGCUUCUUCCCCUCCAUGUUCACAGGAUAUGCAUCGAUUCCCGAGGUCUCGACUGAGGACAUUAUAUGGGAUGGCCUGUGGAACUUAGAUGACUUCCAUGGCAAUUUGACCAUGGCGAACGCAACAAACAGAGUGAAUCUGCAUCCUAUAGCCACUCCAUUCUACUGAUUCUAAGUUGAUCUUUUAUAUUCUUACUGCUUUUGUUCAAGUUUUUGCUGGAACCAAAAGGUUCUCAGGCAGGAAAUGACUAUAAUUGUCCUGAAUUAUGAGAAUUUGUAGUUCGUAAGGGGUAUGUAUAAGUAGUGUUGGACCUAAGGAAGGUUAAGCAGCCAAUU